ACAGGUGAAGCGUCAGUGACUGAUAACAUCAUCAUGCCAUCUAAUCUACCAGAAUAUUUCGUCCUCCUGGGAAACGAAGAACAGUGCUGCACUGUGCCACAAGCUGAUGUACUUUGUGACGAAUCGGUAGAAGUUGGUGACGAAGUGCAAUUCUUUUGGACGAGGAAAUAUGAACUUCUCGGCGAAGUCUGCUUCUUCUCAGCUGACUUUGACGAGUGUGACAAAGUGGCCAAGCAACUUACGAAUGAUCUUAAGGAAAGGCAGCGUAAUAGGUCGUCACUAAGUUCGACUCCACCGGUAAGGAGGUCAAAGAUAGCGUUUCUGAAGUCUUUGAAGUCGUAUAGAAAAGCUGUCAAUGUGAUCAAACCACAAUUUGAAGAUAAAAAGGUAAGGAUUGCAAUUUACUUGUUUUUUCAGCAUAUACUCCUUUAUAUGCAUGCAGAGCUUGAGAAAAAUGGUAACAAACAGGCCCGCCCUUCCGCCAAACGGAGUUGUCAGCUCUACUUCACUGCGCCGGCAACUCCGUUCGGCAGGGGCCGGGCCUGCUUAGCCUGCCGGCGGCCGACCAUUUCAGUCUUGCGAUUUACUGAAGUGCAUCAUCAAAUAAUAAUGUGACCGGUAAAUCAUUUUGCAUAUUUGAGUUACCUAAAGCGUCCAGCGGGGGGCCUGCGGCCCUAGAAAUUUGAUCCUUGGACAUGACAAAAGACUGUAACGGGGCAACACCGUGACUUCACCCCACCCUUCUGCUUGGCUUACAAAAAAUUAACCCACGCAGUUUUUAGAUUGUAUAUUGUUUGUCAAACAGUCUUAAAACUUGACUUUUUGCCAUUGUUUUCAAUAUAUCCACCUCUAGGGCCGAAACAGUGAAAGAUACGGCAAAUCCGAGGGUUCUUCCUGAUUUAGAAUGUGUUGUUUUUUUUUGGGGGGGGGGGUACUCCCUCUGACAUUUUACGAUUGGAGGCCUCCUUGUACGUCUUUAUGUGCAACGUAGUUAUUUUCGCCGUAUUUUCGUCGAAAAAAGCACUCUUGCGCCCAAACGGUGCAAGAUAGAGUCAAACGGACAAAAUUUGCGCCCUUAGGGCUCUACUUUCACGAGUUACCCCUUAGGAGACCAUAAAAAAAUAUUUUUUCCUACUUUUUGGACCAACCCCUAUUUCCUAUUUCUUUGUUACCCCCUUUCACCCCUUUAGGGGUGGUUGCCAGGAUUUGCACCAGGCGUUUCGUUGUCCAGGAGUGACCCCUAAGAUACCAUGAAAAUUGUAGACCUCUAGCUCAUCUCCUUCCUCUUACACGGACGACGGACAGACAGACAGACACACACGAGAGCGGUUGCAUAAGCCCGCUUUAAUGCUUUUUUAAAAGCAGAAGGGCGGGCUAAAAACUGUGGUUUUAACACCUCUCUUCUCUCGCUCGGUCAGGUAGGCCUGCAGUAGGUGGAUGAGACGGGCAGGGAACUUCAUGACCGCCAUCUUGUACAGGAGGCCCUCGGUCCACACCGUGUCGAAGGCGGCGAAGGCGUCCAGGAACACGGCCGCGGUGUGCAUCCCCCGGUUGAACCCGUCCGUGAUGUAACACUUCUACAUCCUACCGGAGUGACGCUCCACAGUCUGAAAAUCGUUACCAACCUACGAAACUAAAAUCAUGCAAAAACUAAUACCAACAUACGAAUAAAUCUUAACAACUACUAAAAGGCAAUCUUAACAAAAUAAUAGUGAAUUAAUGACAUACUAACAGUUGAUAAUUCCAACACUAUAUUAGCCUGUUGUGCCGGCACAGCCAGUCCCACCCGCCCCGCCAGCUUCGCCCAGACAACCACGCGUGACAUUUUAUUAUUGCCUUUGAUUUCCUGAUGUUUAAAUAGUGGUUGUCUGUUCCGGAAGGUAACAGUUUUCCCCUUUGCUUUGUUACAAAUUGCUUGCUGAUUCAGGUGUUCCAGUUUUGAUGAAGAUUGCUGAU